AUGUCGGAGAUUGUGGACACGGAGCUGCUGGUGAACUGCACCAUCCUGGCGGUGCGGCGCUUCGAGCUCAACAGCAUCGUGAAUACCACGCUCCUGAAUAGCUUCAAUCGCACGGAGGUGGUCAGCCUGCUGGCGGGAUUCAUCGAGAACCGGGACAAUCUCGAGAGCAUCGACGAGGCAAAAGACUUUCUCACCGAGUGCCUGUUUCCAUCGCCGACGCGUCCGUACGAGUUGCCAUGGGAGCAGAAAACGAUUUGGGCCAUCGUUUUUGGCCUGAUGAUGUUUGUGGCCAUUGCCGGCAAUGGAAUUGUACUCUGGAUUGUAACAGGACAUCGCAGCAUGAGAACGGUCACAAAUUACUUCCUGCUGAACCUUAGCAUCGCCGACCUGCUCAUGUCCUCGCUGAACUGUGUCUUCAAUUUCAUAUUCAUGGUGAACUCCGAUUGGCCAUUCGGCUCCAUUUAUUGCACCAUCAAUAAUUUUGUGGCCAAUGUCACGGUCUCCACAUCGGUCUUCACACUCGUGGCCAUCAGUUUUGACAGGUACAUCGCCAUUGUGCAUCCGCUGAAGCGUCGCACGUCCCGUCGGAAGGUACGAUUCAUUCUGGUGAUGAUCUGGGCCCUAAGCUGCGUUCUGUCGGCCCCCUGCCUUCUCUACUCCAGCAUCAUGACCAAACACUACUAUAAUGGAAAAUCGCGAACUGUUUGCUUCAUGAUGUGGCCGGAUGGACGCUAUCCCACUUCGAUGACGGACUAUACGUAUAAUCUGAUUAUAUUGGUGCUGACAUAUGGUAUACCCAUGAUUGUGAUGCUCAUCUGCUACUCUCUGAUGGGUCGGGUGCUGUGGGGCAGUCGAUCGAUUGGCGAGAACACGGACCGGCAGAUGGAGUCGAUGAAAUCCAAGCGGAAAGUGGUACGCAUGUUCAUAGCGAUUGUGUCGAUAUUCGCCAUCUGCUGGCUGCCCUACCAUCUGUUCUUCAUCUAUGCGUACCACAAUAAUCAAGUGGCAUCCACAAAGUACGUGCAGCACAUGUAUCUGGGAUUCUAUUGGCUGGCCAUGUCCAACGCCAUGGUGAAUCCCAUCAUCUACUAUUGGAUGAACAAGAGAUUCCGCAUGUACUUCCAACGGAUCAUUUGCUGCUGCUGCGUGAGCUUCAGCCGCCAUCGCUUCGACUCGCCCAAGAGUCGUCUGACGAACAAAAAUAGCUCCCAUCGUCAUACAAGAGCCGAAAACAAGAGCCAGUGGAAGCGCAGCACCAUGGAGACACAGAUCCAGCAGGCACCGCCGACCACCAACUCCUCGAGGGGGGACAACCGUCGGCCGGUGUCCAUGAAGAGCAGUCUCAACCGCACGGCAGUGGAGUGCAUCAUGGAAAAGCCGGCAGCGGACGAUAAUAGCUCUAACCUCUGUCUAUCCAUCAACAAUAGCUUGGGGGAGCGGCAGCGCGUGAAAAUCAAGUACAUCUCCUGUGACGAGGACAAUAAUCCCGUGGAGAGCGGUCCUCCCAAGCAGCUCUGAUGUUGUUGUCACAUGCCCAGGCCCCCGAAGAGACAAUGAAUUGGUUUCGCUGCAUAAUGUACAUAGAAAUAUCCCCAGAACCAACCCCUAAUAUACCCUGUAGUCAAACUCGAAUUUCCGGUUGUCAACGAAAAGCAGGCGAAAAACUCUUUUCGAAAGAAAAAUCAAUUUGUAAAAAGUACUGUGUAUACUAGAGCCCUGCAUGAACAUGCACACACGGUCGAAUAUACCCUCGAUGCCAGUAACCCAGAGGUACUUCGUUUCGGUUUCUCCGAUCACUUUGGGCAGCGCAGUCGCAGUUUUUCCAUUCCUUCAUUCUUUUCCUCUUCAGCAAGAACGCGACUGAACCGACCACACGAGCAUCGCUGCUAAAGAGCGAAAGAGAGAGAGCGGGGCAUUGUGUUGCUUUGCCUUCUCGUAUUUAUCAGCCGACAGAUCAACCCCGAAGGCAAAAACAAUUUUGCAUCGUUUAUCUUCGCUCUUGCGGCGACGAUUGCAUACACGAGUAUUGGUACUCGUAUAUAUGUAUUUUGAGUGGUUUAUCAGACUUGCAAGCUCUGAUUCAUCACUCAUUCUUUUCGAGUGGGGAAGUUCAUGCAGGGCCUGUCUACCAUCAUCACCAUCGAAGAGCUGUAAGAUUUUAAUUGUUGUAAACAUUUUAGGCUAAGCCACGUUUUAUGUACAUACAUAUAUAAAUAUAUAUAUCUGAUAAUUGAUAAAUAAAUAUAUGUAUGUAAAUAUCUA